GCGCAUCUCAUAUUCUCAAUCAGUUUUGUUCAGAGAUAAGGCGCGUGCACUGAACAGUAUUAUAUUUUAAAUAUGUUGGGCCAUCUAGCGGCCAUUCUCUCAGUUCUGGCAGUGACAGUGGCUCAGGACUACGGAGAACUUGACAAUGGCCGACGAAGGCUCGACAUCGACGAAGACGCACUCAACUAUGACUAUGAAUAUGAUAACGCCCUCCCACCUAAAGGCGUUCCCGAACCCCUAGCACCCAUCCCAAUCCCACCUCCACCCCCCCGUCGUCGCAUAGUUCAACCCCCCAACCAAAGAAACCAGUAUAGUCCGAACCAGCAACAGUAUGGACCUUCUAGAAACCAAGGAUUAAUUGGUAAGGACGCCUGCAAGUCCGGAGCUAAGACUGUUGCUCAUGAAUCCUCCUGCGACCUGUUCUACGACUGCUACGGAGAUCAAGGUUUCCUCCAGGAGUGUCCCAACGGUCUCGUCUAUGCUAACGACGGAAGAUUUGGUCUCCUUGGCAGCUGUGAUUAUCCCCACAAUGUAAACUGCAACAGCCGGCCAGAACGAAGUAAGUAUUUUUAUCCUAAAUAGACUUGCAUGCUAACUUGACUCAGGACUAGUACUCCGACCCGGAGUGGGAACUGCUGCUGUAUCUUGUUUACUCUGCUAAUACCAACCU